AUCCUCCAUACGAAGGAAGAUCAUCUCCACACUUCACCGUAUGAACACAAUCUAGAAAAUAUCAAGCCCGCAUUCCGCAUCUUUUGGGAUUUUAAAAUUUUGUAAACUGGUCAAAAGACCAUCCUGUUUGGGUUUUUAAUAAUACAGAACUGACCCAGUUUUUCCCUAUAAAUCCUUCUAUCUGUUCUGAAGGAAUUCAACAAACAUUUCUGCAGAUUGAUAGCUUUUCAUUGUUUUUUUUGUGUUUUUAAAUCUUGAGGUGAAAGAGCUCUUUUUCCUUUCUGCUGAAGCAACUGGGUAUUGAAUAGGAUUGGUGGAAGAUAACAUGGCCUCUGUAGAAUGCAUGAAUCUUAUGGAGUAUGUUGAGUGGACUUUGCCUAGAGAAGCUGAGAGCCUUUUGCAUGCAUUGGCUUUGAACUGGGGGGAUGUUGUGGAUGCAAAGCAGUUGGAAAUUAAUCCUCUUAAGGGAGCCAUGACUAAUGAGGUGUUUGAGUGCAUUUGGAAGACCAGAAAGGGGAAGAAGCCCAGGAAGGCUAUUGUGAGAAUUUACGGGGAGGGAGUGGAUUUGUUUUUUAACAGGGAGGAUGAGAUUAAAACUUUUGAGUGCAUGUCCAGGCUUGGACAGGGGCCCAGACUUCUGGGUCGUUUUCCUAGUGGAAGAAUUGAGGAGUUUCUGCAUGCAAGGACACUGUCAGCAGCUGAUCUAAGAAAUCCUGAAAUAGCAGCUCGAAUUGCAGCAAAGUUGAGGGAAUUUCAUGAACUUGAUGUACCAGGCUCUCGAGAACCAGUGCUCUGGAAGCGCCUCAGGGCCUGGCUUAGGACAGCGAAAGAUUUGUGCCCCAAAAGUGAGGCGGUUGAAUUCCAACUUGAUUGCAUGGAAGAGGAGGUAAAUAAUCUGGAGAAGUUUAUAUCAAGGAAGGAUCAGCGAAUUGGGUUUUGCCACAAUGACUUACAGUAUGGCAACAUAAUGAUUGAUCAAGAAGACACAUCUGUGACUAUAAUUGAUUAUGAAUAUGCAAGCUAUAAUCCAGUGGCGUUUGACUUAGCUAACCAUUUCUGUGAGAUGGCUGCCAAUUACCAUACUGACACUCCUCAUUUACUGGACUAUAGCAAGUACCCAGGUUUUGAAGAGCGUCAAAGAUUUGUGAGGGCGUAUUUAAGUUCAUAUGGUGAAGAAGUGAAUGACUCUGAAGUCGAACAGCUUUUGGAAGAUGCUGAGAUGUAUGUUCUUGCAAAUCAUAUUUUAUGGGGCCUUUGGGGUAUAAUUUCGGAUCAUGUGAAUGACAUUGAUUUUGAUUAUAUAGAUUAUGCAAGACAGAGGUUUCAGCAAUACAAUUUAUUGAAGUGUUUGCAAUUCAAUGUUUGAACCGCUAAACUUUUCUCAAAGGGGAAAUUAUGUCAGAGAUCUCAGCAGUGCUGCUAAUGGAAGAAUAUAAAGUUUAAUCUGCCUGAUUCCCAUCAUAGAAAUAAGAGCUGUACAUUAUUAGAUCGGUGGCUUGAUACGUCGAAAAUCCAAUUAUAAUUGGAUCUGUGUAUCAUUUAUAUUAGUACUAUGAGCAUAUAUGCUCUGAAAUAAGAAGGUUCUCUGUCAUCAUGUACAUUCUUGUAUAUGUGAAAAUGUCUGUUCUUGGCCUAGAUUACUCAGCACUGAUGAAUCGCCAUGAGUGUAAACUUAAAAUAAUACAUAAAUGUGCUGGGUCUAUUUAAGGCAUUUUACAUAACAAGAAUGUACUUGCUUACCUAAAAGCAAAGUUUGCAAAUACUAUAAUGGUCAAAGACUCCUGUAUGUUCAAAAUGUACCAAUGCUUUUCUCUUUAAGUUGA